AUGGCACACCUUGCCACUGUCAGCUUCUCAGGUCCUCACGCCUAUGCGCUGCCAGGUGGCUUCACGAAGGCAAGAAUCCACCUCCGUCGCAAGUCCGAGGCGUCAUCAGAGCUCCUCCUGAGCAUCGAGCGUGCUGCCAAGGGCUUCGAGUCCUUUUCCCUGCCGGAGGAUGGACAGGUCCAUGCCUGUGACAAGUCCUCCUUCAUCCAGGAGUCUGCGGAAGUCCAGUUUCGAUGCUCUCCUGAUGGCAUCCGCGUUGACGUGCUGGACGCACGCGAGGCCAUCACACUCUGCUUCCCUGACCAGCGUGUAGUGGUCCAUGACGGUCUGCCGUUGCAUUUCAGAUCGCCACCGGCGGGGGAGAGCUUUUUCCGCUUCCUACGUUUCUGGGGCCUCCUCGCCUGGGCGAGAGACUUCCUCCGGCUCCUUCGCCCCAAGCCGAAGUUGGCCUAA